AAUGGUUAGUCAAUAAAGAUGUUCCAGUUUCCACGGAUGCUCCCAUUCCCAAUGGACAAAAAACAAUUGUGAGAUUGGGAGGGGAGAAAGGCAAGGUAAAGAAGAAGAUGCAUAGUCCAAAAUGCAUGGAAUUGGAAGGAGAAAUCAAAACCUUAAUCAAGGUAUGGCUUUCAGUCAUAAUCUCACUGUGUUACUGCUAUUUCAUAUCAUCAAAAAUACCCAAAGUCCUGUUCAGGUUUCUCUCCCUUUCUCCAAUUUUGUACCUUUUUACCAUCCUACCUCUUCAACUCUCCACUGUCCUUCCAACAGGUGUCACUGCCUUCUUCAUCACAUGGCUCACCAACUUCAAACUCCUCCUCUUCGCUUUUGAUUUAGGCCCCCUCUCUUCUAACCCACCAAAGACCCUUCCUCACUUCCUCUCCAUUGCAUCCCUCCCCAUUAGACUCACCCAAAAACAAACAAACCCAUCUAACCAAAGUCCCUUAAAAUUAAAAUUAUAUCUCAUUCUCCCAAUCAAGGCCUUGCUUUUAGGUCUGCUACCAAUAGGCCUAAAUGAUCACAAACAAAAGCUGCAUCCUGUAGUUAUUCUGGCCCUCUAUUGCAGCCUUAUGUAUCUAUUGGUGGAUGUCGUUUUGGGUCUCUGCAACAUUGUGAUCAAUGCUGCUCUUGGAAUUGAGCUUGAAUUGCCGUCUGAUGAGCCUUAUUUCUCAACAUCAUUGCGUGAUUUCUGGGGAAGAAGGUGGAACCUUAUGGUAACAUAUCUUCUGCGACACACCGUAUACAUUCCCGUGAGAUCACUCAUGUCCAAGACUACAAUAGGACCCCACUGGGCUUCAGUACCCGGAGUCAUGGCAUCUUUCUUGGUGUCUGGGCUAAUGCACGAGCUGCUGUUCUACUACGUCACACGUGACACUCCCACGUGGGAGGUCACGUGCUUCUUUGUGCUCCAUGGGGCGUGUGUAGUUGUGGAGUUCUGUGUGUUGAAGCGGUUGGGGCACAGGGGGAGACUGCAUUGGGUUGUGUCCGGGCCCAUCACGAUGGCAUUUGUGAUAGCCACCGCCGCGUGGCUCUUCUUUCCGCCAUUGUUGCGUGAUGGCGCAGACGAGAGAUCCAUCAAGGAGUUCAACGAUGUAGUUGAUUGUAUAAUGGGAAAAUUUUAGCAGUUCAAUAUGAAUGAAGGUCCAAGUUU